AGCAAUGCUAGCUAGAUUUGCCCCAUUUUUAAAUGUCAGUCAAAGCCUUUGCUAUAUUUAAAUCGACUAUUUUUGUAUUCUUGCGCACUUUUUUAGUAUUGUAUUGCGUACAAUACUAAUCAAAAUGUUGCUGUAAAACGUUGACAUGUUUACGCAAUCAAACUGAGUUAGCUAGCUAGCAUAGCCAAUAUUAGUUAGCUAACCUACCAACCUUCCGUUAUCGCAUGUUAGCGUGCAACCAUCAUAUUUAGGUAGCUAGUUAUCUAGCUAUCUAGCUAGCCAACAUGGGUAACAUUGGUGAGUGUUGGUGAUGAGAUAUUGGGAAAAAUUCAGAUUGUAUAAAACAGACGACACUGGGAAGGGAGAUCCUGCUGUUAAAGUAUGAAGUUACGGGUGAGGGUCAACAAGCAAACUAGCCGCGUGGAGCUGGAGGGAGCGGAUCCAACCCUGACGGAACUUAGCGUCUGGGUGUCGGAGGUUGUGUUGCCAUCGACUGGUCUAAGUGCUGACACAGAAUUCAGUCUGUCCCUGAAUGGGAAGGAGCCCCUGGUGGACACAGGCCAGACCCUUUCCUCGUGUGGGGUGGUGUCUGGGGACAUGAUCUGCGUGAUUCUGCCUCAGAGCUCUCACACCUCUCCCAACACUCAGAGCACCCAGCAGAGUCACACACCAUCAGCCAAGCACAGCUCCAGUGGUGAGGCAGGCCCUAGCAGCAGCAGCAGCAGCAGCAGCAGCAAGUACACAGGUGAUCCUGAACCAGAGGACGGGAUGGCGACAGUGGAGGAUGAGGAGGGGCCAGCGGCUCCCUUCAUCCCUGAGCCCAUGCUGUGCUGUGAGGCAGAGGAAGGGAAGGUUCCUCACUCUCUGGCCAUGCUCUUUCAGGCCGCACAGUGCCACUGUGCCUCUGACUGCCUGCUGGUGGCAGGACAUUUGCUGCUCCUGGAGACUGGCUUCCUACCACAGGAUUGUGAUGUCAGGGCUGGAAAGAUGCCCACUGGGUGGCGUGCAGCUGGAGGCGUGUACAGACUGCAGUACACCCACCCACUCUGUGAGAACAGCGUGGCAUUGGUGGUUGCCGUGCCAAUGGGCCAAACGGUCGUCCUUAAUGCCACUCUGAAGAUGAGCAGCACAGUGGAGAGUGCACGGAAGCUGGUGCUGAAACCGGCUGCCUAUGUCACUGACGAGUGGCCAGGUGGGAAUGGGGAAGCCGUAUACAGAGACUUGCAGAAGCUCUCUCGUGUUUUUAAGGACCAGUUGGCUUAUCCACUUAUUGCAACAGCUAGAGAAGCGCUGGGACUGCCUGCACUGUUUGGUCUGGCUGCAUUGCCUCCUGAGUUGCUGCUGAGAAUCUUGCGGCUACUGGAUGUGUGUUCACUCCUCUCACUGUCUGCAGUCUGCACACACUUGCACUCUGCCACACAUGACCCCUCGCUCUGGAGGCACAUCCUGCACCGUGAUUUCAGAGUGUGUAUUCGAGCCGACACCGAGCACAAAGACACAGACUGGAAAGAGCUUUACAAAAAAAGAUAUAGGCACAGGAAGGAAGUGAGCAGAUCCAGGGUCCGAUGUUACCCCUACACCUUGGGCCCAGUUUACCCUUUCAGUCCCAUCCCCAUGGCCCCUGCUCCCCUAUACCCCCCUGGCAUCAUCGGUGGCGAGUACGAUGAGAGACUUAUCCCACAAGGCAUUCUGCCCCGCCCACGCUAUGACCCAAUUGGCCCACUACCAGGUCAUGAGCCAAGUGUUGGGAUCCCCAUUGGACGGCGUUCACUGAGGCCAGGUGGGAGCAGACCAGCAGACAUCAGGAGAGGUUUCAUCUGAAUGUCCCAGGAUUCUAUUUCAUGUCUUACAGACACUAAUAAGAUUUAAAGCAAGUAAAUUCACACUGCUACUUAACAGUCUGUACGUUACAUUCAGCAAGUACAUUCUUCCUGUUCUGGAGAUGAGCCAGAUAUUCAGUUUAUUAUUCCCCUGCCUUACUGGUGCAAGAUACCAAAAUAAGCAUUUGAAAUUGUAUGGUAUUUAAUAAAUCAGCAAUUAUGCAAAGGA